AUCGAUCAAAAUAGAACGACUCGACCAAACUGUUGUGAACAGUGAAGAAAAUGAACCGAACCCAGAAAUCAAAUUCGAAUUCAAUGAAAUUGAUUGUAGUGGCGAGAAUUUUGCACACUAUGACACAGGAUCGAUCGAACACAGCCCUGUAGCGUCAACUGAUGCAUCUAAUCCAAUUAUCCCUAACUCAACCAAAUCCGAGGGACCGCCAAGAUAUUUUUGUGAUUAUUGUGGCAAAGGUUUUCGUGAAAAGAGUUAUCUCGGAUCACAUAUGACCGCACAUAAAAAGAAGACGGAACGAAAGCCGAAAACGUAUCGUUGCACUACAGACGGUUGCAGUAAAGUUUUUAAAACCAAGAAAUCGUUUGACGAACAUCGAAUCAACAUUCACAACAUAAAACCGGAGAGCCCAGUUCCUACCGAGAAAAAGUUGAAAUUCUGUUGUCCGAAGUGUCCAAAGUGGUUUACAGAGCAAUACAAAUUAGAUGGUCAUGUCCGUUCGACGCACGAAGGAUUGAAGCCGUACCAAUGUCCAGAGUGCGAGAAAGAGUUUUGCAGGUACGGAGCUUUCGAAUUUCACUUACGAACGACCCAUAAAAUGGUUCUGACUACAACAAAGGUAAAGGAAUUUCGCUGUUACUACGAUGGUUGCGACAGGAAAUAUGGGUUGAUGGAUUCAUUGAACGCUCACAUUAAGCGAGCUCAUUUGGGCAUAAUACCUGUACGUAGAGAUCAAAAGCUCAUUUGCGACCAAUGUGGAAAAUCGUUUGUGGAUGGAUAUACUCUGAAGAAACACAUUUAUACGCAUAGCGGUAAACAUCCGCACGCGUGUAAGAUUUGCCCAAAAACGUUUCCAACGAAUGCUGAACUCAAAAUUCACACAAUGAGACAUUUGAAAGUGAAACCAUUCGAAUGUCCAACGUGUGGAGCGCGCAAAACUACUAGGAAAGAGCUGAAUACACAUCUUAGCGUCCAUUCGACGGAAAUAACGUAUCCCUGUAAAGAGUGUCCUCGAGUGUUUCCGAGCACCAGUGCAGUCAGUCGGCAUGUACGAAUCCAUCAUCGUAAUCAUAGACCAUACAUUUGUCCCCAUUGUGAACGUGCAUUUGCAAAGUCUGAGACGAUGAAAAAUCAUGUCAUGACACAUACUGGUGAGAAACCGUUUGCCUGUUCCGUCUGUGGUCAUCGUUUCAUUCAGUCCGUUGCUUUGAGAACACAUAUGAAAGUCCAUGAAAAAAGAGUUAAGAUCAUAACUGCGCCAAUAAAAGAGGAACCACCAAUCGAUGUUAACAUGGAACUUGAAGAGAAUCCAGCCGAAGCUGAAGAUAUCGAAUCUGAAUUCUUUAAAAUUGAAUAUAUUGACGCGAAGUUCGAACAGUACCAUUACGUCUCAACCGCUCAGAAUGAUGUAACAUCUCCAGUAGAUACUCAUUCCAAUUCAAUGAGCAGUGAAAAAUACAUAUGCCACUACUGUGACCGGGUGUUCAAUAAAAAGACUUCUAUCGGUGCACAUAUGGCCAGGCAUAGAAAUGGUCCAGAGAAAAACAAAUUCCCAUGCACAAUAGAAGGGUGCAGCAGAGUUUAUAAAACAAGAGAACUGUACAAUAGACACAGAUGGAAUUCGCACAAACUGAGAGCAGAACCCCGUCCUGAGAUCACUCCCGACGGCGAGAAAAUAAUAAAAUUAAUCUGUCAGCAAUGUCCGAAAUGGUUUACGAUUCAACUGAAAUUAGAUGCACACAUCCGAUCGUACCAUCAAGGAUUGAAGGGAUACAGAUGUGAACAUUGCGAGAAAGAGUUCUGCAAAUACCGAUCCUACAAUAGGCAUUUACGAGUUCGACAUGGCACCGACGAAACAGAAAAACAUUACUGUACAUACGAUGGAUGUGAUAGAGAGUAUGGAGCACUAGACUCAUUGAAAAAUCACAUUAAACGAAUUCAUUUGGGGAUAGUACGUGCAACUCGAAAACCCACUUGUGGUCAAUGUGGACAAGUAUUUAAGACUAGAUAUAGCUUAAAGAAGCAUAGCCUGAAGCAUUCGGAAAUAUCACCAUCUGCCUGUAAGGCUGAAUCGAUUGGCAUGUACCGAACCCAUCAUCGAAACCAAGUAUGUGUUGGACGCAUUAAGUCCUCAUUUUCAACGUACAUUUUCGAAGUGCGAAACGAUGAAAGACAAUGUGAAGACACUCCUGUGUUAAAUAAUUUUAGUUUUUCAUUGAGAAAUAAGGAACUGAAAAUGGAUAACCCAUUUUCAAAUCGAUGUCGAGCCUGUGCCGUGCUACUAAUGAGUUCGGAAAAAAUUAUAUCUCUGUUGGAAGACAAUCUACUUGUCAUGUUUACAUACUGCACUUCAUUGGAGGUUUCUUCAAACGAUAGCCUUCCAAAUUGUAUUUGCCCGGAAUGUUUUCGACAAUUAUCAGACUUCAGUGCGUUUCGUCGUAACUGUGCAGAGUCAGAUGCAUACUUUCGUGAACAGAUUCUCACAAAAUCGAUCAAAACAGAACAACUCGACCAAACUGUUGUGAAAAGCGAGGAAAAUGAACCGAAUCAAGAAAUCAAAUUCGAAUUCAAUGAAAUUGAUUGUAGUGGCGAGAAUUUCACACAAUAUGACACAGAAUCGAUCGUGCACAGCCCUGCAGCGUCAACUGAUGUAUCUAAUCCAAUUAUCCCUAACUCAACCACAUCCGAGGACCCGCCAAAAUAUUUUUGUGACUAUUGUGGCAAAGGAUUUCGUCAAAAGAGUUACCUCGGAUCACAUAUGACCGCACACAGAAAGAAGAUGGAACGAAAGCCGAAAACGUAUCAUUGCACUACAGACGAUUGCAGUAAAGUUUUCAAGACCAAGAAAUCGUUUGACGAACAUCGAAUCAACAUUCACAAAUUAAAACCGCAGAGCCCAGAUCCUACCAAGACAAAGGUGAAAUUCUGUUGUCCGAAGUGUCCAAAGUGGUUUACAGAGCAAUACAAAUUAGAUGGUCAUGUCCGUUCGAAGCACGAAGGAUUGAAGCCGUACAAAUGUCCAGAGUGCGUGAAAGAGUUCUGCAGGUACGGAGCAUUCGAAUAUCACUUAAGAGCUGCCCAUCAAAAGUUUCUGAAUACAACAACGAUAUGCGAAUUUCGCUGUUACUACGAUGGCUGCGACAGGGAAUAUGGGUUGAUGGAUUCAUUGAACGCUCACAUUAAGCGAGCUCAUUUGGGCAUAAUACCUGUACGUAGAGAUCAAAAGCUCAUUUGCGACCAAUGUGGAAAAUCGUUUGUGGAUGGAUAUACUCUGAAGAAACACAUCUAUACGCAUAGCGGUAAACUUCCGCACGCGUGUAAGAUUUGUCCAAAAGCAUUUGCAACGAACGUUGAGCUCAAAAUUCACACAAUGAGACAUAUGAAUGUGAAACCAUUUGAAUGUCCGACGUGUGGAGCACGCAAAACUACGAACAAAGAGUUGCAGGCUCACCUUAACUUUCAUUCGAAAGAAAUAUCGUAUCCGUGUAAAGAAUGUCCGCGAGUAUUUACCAGCUAUGGUGCAGUGACCCGACACGUAAGAAUCCAUCAUCGUAAUCAUAAACCGUACAUUUGUCCACACUGUCAACGUGCAUUUGCAAAGGCGGAGACAAUGAAAAAUCAUGUGAUGACACACACUGGUGAGAAACCGUUCGCAUGUCCUGUUUGUGAUCAUCGUUUUAUUCAAGCUGUUGCUAUGCGAACACAUAUGAAAGUCCAUGCUAAGAAAUGAUAUUUUCAGCAUAAUUUACAAUGAUAAAUACGAAUAUUUGCUGCUGCAAUGUGUAUUUUGAUUGCAGGAAUAAA